CCGAUGGCAAAGUUUGCGUCCCGAGGGCGUCCCGCCCGAGGGACAGCAAUUGCCUGAGGUUAUUAAGGCUCAUUAAUUCCCGUGGUACAUAGAUAAUUUUAUUUCUGACCGAUUUCAAUAAAAUAUUGUUUAUUUUUAAAACGGAAAAAAUGUACCAAUUUAUUACCUUCCCAGUAUAUUUGAAUCAGGUACCAUUGAUUAUAAGAGUUUUGUUGUUGCUAGGUUGUUGCUAUGUUACGUGUUUAUAAACAGAAUUGUUACUUGCUUAUAAACAGUACUUUGUUAUCAAGCUGUGUUUGCGUUAAAAACGUGUUUUCUACCCCAAAUAUAAUGGAGCAGAUUUUGAAAAAAGCUGAAAAAGCAAGAGAAUCAUUAAUUCCAUCGAAAAGUGAAGCCGUAUACCAAAAAGAAUACAAGAUAUAUCUGGAGUGGCUGACACGGAAUAAUGUUAUGCCAAAAGAUGCCACUGAAACUGUAUUACUGGCAUAUUUUCAAGAAUUGUCAGAAACGUAUAGUCCGAAUUCUUUAUGGACUAAAUGGUCAAUGCUAAAAUCGAAGGUGAAUAUACAUGAGAAACGAGAUAUCGCCAAGUUCAAUGAACUAGAGGCUUUUUUGAAACGGAAGAGUAAGAGUUAUAAGCCGAAAAAGUCUGCUGUUUUAUCUCCUAAUGAUGUUAUCAGAUUUCUAAAGAACGCUCCUAAUGAAAUUCAUUUAUUGCAUAAGGUUGUUUUGAUUAUGGGUUAUUUUGGAGGAUGCAGAAGUCAGGAACUUUUGAAUAUGAAGAUAUCGGAUAUAGAGGACCGGGAUUCCGUUAUGGUAGUGAACGUACCGGAAAGUAAAACUGGUGUAUCGAAGAAAUUUACAAUUGUGGAUGAAAAAGAGUUCUCUGCUUUGCCUUUAUUAAGACUUUAUAUAAUUUCCCUGUGGCAAAUCGCGAAUCGUCGGGGUAGCGUAGCGGCAGUGGCCGAAGACGCCGCUGAAACGGAAGUACCGGCCGAGCCGCAGCGCAAUAUUAGAGCUUCGGAGGAGAGGGCGGCCUUACUUUGUACCGGCGGUAAUGAGGGCCACGGCGAACGUGUCGCGCUAAUUGCGAGAUCAAACGGCGCGCCUCUGGCCUGCCGGCGGAGCGCGAGGAGGGCGCGAGUAACGAGGUGCUUCUCCGCGAACUCUCAAUUACGGAGGAUCGACGGGUGCGUUGGUCGGCGCGCCGCGCGGCUCCUCGGGACCGCCGGAUGGGCCGCCGCCGGCCUGCUUUGA